AAGGUCGUAGCCCAGUCUUCGUAGAGUGCGUGCUCCUGUGAUAUUUGAAACGUGCCUGUGUACUUCCGUAUCGUCCCGUCGGUGUUAUGCCCUCAGCCUAUUUGCAGCUGUCGCAUGCAUGUGAAGGGCUUACCUGUACAUAUUUCAUGUUUCGAGUGACCCAGCUCCAUGACUGUACAGCGUGGUCUCCGGGCGUGCCCACAAAGAGCCCGAGCAGCUUGGGCAACUUGGGAAGGCGCGUCUAUGAACCACGAGGAAAGGGUCCUUUUUUGUACUUCGGUGCUCGACUUCGCCGCUGCGAGUCGCGCCACUCGUGAACUGUGUCUUGCUUCUAAUGUUAUCACUGCAGGCGCAUCGACAGAAUUAUGCAUCCAUUUUAGUAGGUCUGUAGAACAACUGGGCUUCCUCUGGUCUACCAUACUGACCUUUCUUGCAAUGGCAACAGUCCAUGCAUCGCUAGUAACUAGACACGUCCGAUCUGCAGAUCGGCCGACAUCAAAUCUUCAGAAGCCUUCAAACAUUGUCACAAUCCACACGAACCCCGGCAAAUCCACACGCCCACAGACACAUAAAGGCAAAAAGUCUCCUACACCUCAGUUCGCGGCGAGCAGUCAUGUUGUGCGGCCUACUCACGUUCGCUGGCCUGUGGACUGGUCCGUGUGGCAUGGGCCAGGAGUACAACUGGCGAAGGCAGGCGAGGAGAGCCAACAGGAGGAAGUUCAAGGCGCGGCGAAAGGCGUUCAGGAAGGGCAGGGUCGCCACACUUGCCGGACCGAUGCCGGGGAGCUGGCCUUAUGACUGGUGGGGUCGGUGAUUUUGUGUGAGUGCGGACUCGUCGGUUGCCGGGCAUUGUGUUGUUGGUCCCUUGGAAACCACCAUGGCUUGAUGUCGUACCAGGCCUUCUGUUCUAGUGUCUGGCUCGUGAUUGUUCCCAAGUAGACGCCAAUAAGAGAGGCUUCUAUGGCUGGUGUAGAACAAGCUUUCAUCUUUGACUAAUUAGGUCGUGUCGGUCGGUGUGGUUGA